CGGCCGCCGCGCCGCCCCGCCGUAGCCGCCGGCCGCCGGCGUCCCCGCGGGCCGGUCCAGCGAAGGCGGCGCCCGCGCCUCUGCAGCCAGUGGCAGCCACAAGCCCGGGGAGGCGGCUCCCGCAGCCCCCCGCAGCCCCCCGCAGCCCCGCGCCCGGGGCGCCUGCGACCACAGCGGCCGCCCGGGGGAGGAAGAGGAGGAGGAGGAGGUGACAAACUCUCCGGCUCCGCGCCGCGGCUGGCAGCCCGCGGUCAGGCAUGCAGGCGCGGCGUCUAGCCAAGCGCUCCAGCCUGGGCAGCCGCCGGGGGGGCGCCGCGUUGCAGGCGCCCGGACCCGCGCCUGCCAGGGAAGGCACCUUGCCCGGCCUCCCACCGCUCGGCCCGGGCCCGGCCGCGGCCCCGGCCCCGGCCCCGGCCCCGGCUCCGGCUCCGGCCCCGGCCCCGGCCCCGGCCCCGGCCCCGGAGAGCUGGAGGCCGCCGCUGCCGCCACCGCGCAGCGCCGGGACCGGCCCCCCUCGGGCCGCCGGGGCCGCCGCCGCCUCGUCGCCUGUGCUGCUGCUUCUGGGGGAGGAAGACGAGGACGAGGAAGGCGGGAGCAGGCGGCGGAGGGGGCUCGGGCGGGUGGAGGAGAAGCCCCGAGGGGGCGCGGAGGAGGAGGAUGACGACGAGGAAGACGAGGAAGAGGAGGUGGUCGUCGAGGUGGUGGACGGCGACGACGACGAGGAGGACAGCGAGGAGCGCUUCAUGCCCCUCGGCCCCGGCCGUGCGGUCCCCAAGGGCCCGGCCCGGGGCACGUUGAAGGUGGGGAGCAUUAAACGGGAAAUGACCUUCACAUUUCAACCAGAGGACUUAAAACGUGACUCUAGUAAAAAAAUGUCUCAUCAACACUUGUUUCCCUUGGCCAUGGAGGAAGAUGUGAAAACAGCAGACACCAAAAAAGCCAACCGAGCCCUUGACCAUGAAAAAGAAAAUACUCGCUCCAUCUGUCUCCUUGAGCAAAAACGAAAAGUUGUUUCUUCCAAUAUUGAUGUUCCUCCAGCAAGGAAAUCCUCAGAGGAACUGGACAUGGACAAGGUGACAGCAGCAAUGGUACUAACCAGCUUGUCCACCAGCCCUUUGGUUCGGAGCCCACCUGUGCGGCCGAAUGAGGGCCUCAGCGGAUCCUGGAAGGAGGGAGGCGGCGUGCCUUCCAGCAGCAGCAGCGGCUACUGGAGCUGGAGCGCCCCCAGCGACCAGUCCAACCCGUCCACCCCGUCGCCGCCGCUGUCCGCCGACAGCUUCAAGCCCUUCCGCAGCCCCGCGCCGCAGCCGCCGCCGGACGACGGCAUCGACGAAGCGGAGGCCAGCAACCUGCUCUUUGACGAGCCCAUCCCCAGGAAAAGAAAGAAUUCUAUGAAGGUGAUGUUCAAAUGCCUCUGGAAGAACUGCGGGAAGGUGCUGAGCACGGCAGCGGGCAUCCAGAAACACAUACGGACCAUUCAUCUUGGGCGUGUUGGGGACUCCGACUACAGUGAUGGCGAAGAGGACUUUUACUACACGGAGAUCAAGCUCAACACAGACUCAGUGGCAGAUGGACUGAGCAGCCUGGCCCCCGUGUCACCGUCUCAGUCCCUGGCUUCGCCUCCCACUUACCCCAUCCCAGAUUCAAGCCGAACAGAGACUCCUUGUGCCAAAACUGAGACUAAACUGAUGACACCCUUGAGCCGCUCAGCUCCCACCACCCUCUACCUCGUGCAUACCGACCAUGCUUACCAGGCCACGCCCCCUGUGACCAUUCCAGGAUCAGCCAAGUUCACCCCCAAUGGCAGCAGCUUCAGCAUUUCUUGGCAGUCUCCUCCAGUUACCUUCACCGGCAUUCCAGUGUCACCAACACAUAAUCAUCUGGGGGGCACAGGAGAGCAGAGACAGCACACUCACACGGUCUUGUCCUCACCACCCAGAGGGACCGUCAGCCUGAGGAAACCCCGGGGAGAGGGCAAAAAGUGCCGCAAGGUGUACGGCAUGGAGAACCGGGACCUGUGGUGCACGGCGUGCCGCUGGAAGAAAGCCUGCCAGAGGUUCACUGACUGACCCCUGAGACCACCGAGCCGGCGGCCCGCAGCCCCGCUGCCCUUGCCUUCCACGGCAGGCUCUGGAAAAGCGCUUUUUCUUCCGAACAAAUUCCACUUGAAGCCCAGGAAAAGCACUUCCAGGAAACUUGGUGGAAUGACAGCAAAAAAUAAAAUAAGGUCACCACCCUCACUGCUCUUGCUGAGAACCCAGCAUCUGGCAGUUUUGUUUUGUUUUGUUUUUCCUUGAAAAAGAACAGUCUUGGUUUUUUUUUUUCCUGCUGUAUGUCUAGGUCUGAAAACUGCAGACUCCGUAGCAACUGAACCAACAAAGCCUGUUUGACCUAGAGAGGAGGCAUAUUUUGAUAAGCUUUCUGAAUAAUGCCAUUUCUGAGAUUUUGGGGGACAUAUUAAAAGAACAAGAAGCUCCACGUUAUUCGGUGGCAUCUGUACAGAGGUCAACGCCUCCUUUCCUUGUGAACAGCAUUCUCCCCCGACCUCUCGGAGCAGUGCACAUCAUGGCGUGUUGCCAGAAAGCUGAGCACCUGGGUAUCUCUUCUCUGUCUCGUUUGUCCGUCUGUCCUGUUUCCAAGAUGGGCCCCGCUUGGAACCGCCGCGGCGCUGUUGGCCGGCAGGGCCCGGAGGGCAUCCCCUCGCCAAGCGAUCACCAGCAGACUUCAGCCCCCAGCUGAGCCCAGGACAUCCCGCCGCGGGAACCCCAAGGAGUCUAGCGGUCUCAGAAGCCCUUCCCCGGGGGGCGCCUGGGGCCCGGCCCCGUGCAGGACCCGCGCGGGCGGCGGCUGUCCGGGUAAGCCUCGAUGCUUCUUUCAGGGACGCGGGGCAGACGGCGGCCCCCGGUCUGUGGGUCACUGCUCGUCUGACAGUGUCCUUGCCAGGACAGCGGGUCAGCCGGCCUUCCCUCCAAUCUCCACCCCGGGCUGGUUUCAGAAAAGGUAGAGAGCUCGGACUAUCCCCGCAGGUUUGCUACGCACGGCGGGCGGAGCACACCGCCCACGUCCCCAUCUGUUCGGAGACGGGCGAGGUCCGCAAACUCACAUCCGUUCUGAGUGCACUUUCAUAGGUUGUAUGCUUUAGCGCGUCCGGGAGAUGGGCUCGUGACCGACAGAAAUAUGAUCUGGGUACAUGGGAGGUCCCAAACUUUAUUUUUCUUAUAAAAAUAUUGGAACUGUUGGCUAAGAAUUUGCUCAGAGGGGAACAUACAGAACACCCAAAGGAAAAUGCAUGUGGGUAUAGGCAUUUCUCAAGCUAGUCGGACCAGGGCUCUCACUGUGUUUCCUAGCCCGCUACGUAUGUACAUAUGUUGGUUGGUUGCUUGGUCGGUUUUGGUGGUAGUGGUAUGGAGGAGGAGAGUUUAUAAGCUCCUCCACCCUACUCUGGAUUGCCCUGCGAAUGAGUUCUUUCUCCUAUACCUAUGCAAAAAGUAGUAAGAGCACCUUAUGGGGGCGCUGUGUCAGGACGGAGAGCCUACGAUCAGCCAUAGGAAUGUUCGAUGAAAUUGCACAGAAGAAAGUUUAAUAUAUGUUGAGAGACUGUACAUACACUUUUCGUUUUAAAGCUUUGAAAGGAGUCAUCUAGUAAUAACGAAUAUCCUUUUCCUUUUAUAAUCGAGGGAAAUAGAAGGAGGUUCCUCAGUAUCAUAUCCACAACCUGUGUGUUCGUAUCUUUUUGGCAAAUUUAUUUUUUAAGCUUUCAUGUGACUUUUCAAACAUUAUUCCUUGGGAGGGAUCCUGUUUUCCUCCAUUUAUUUUUAUUUCAACAACGCUUAUUUCAAGAGAGCAGGAAAAGAGGAAAAGAGCUUCAUUUAAUUUCAUGUCAGGAUUGCCAAUCAGGAGUAGCUAUGGCACCAGUUAUAAUGUAUGUUUUCAUAUUUACAAGGUCAGCCAGGAAAGGGCUUUUUUUUUUUUUUUAAAGGAGGAAAUGUAUUUGCAUUCUCAGUCCCAGCAUGUCUUGUCUCCUCCCUGGAAUCCUGUUGCUCUACCUGUAGGCACCCUCUGCUAUGACUUGAUGCUCCAGCCUGAGCUGCGGGUGGGCUGGGCUGCCUUGUGGCCACAGUGAGUCCAAAAGGGAUAGUUGGCUGGAGCACAAUCCCCGCGCAGAGGUUUUUCUCUUCAGGGAGGCUCCCUGGCCCGUGAUCCUGGGAUUAAGUCACUCAUCAAAAAUAAUCAAAGUGAUGAGGGGCUAAAUCCAUCCUCCCUACCCUCCAGAACUUUGGAACAUAAGGAGGGAGAGGUCUUCGCCAGGGAGCAGUCCUGGAAUGAGGUUUUGUAGCUGGACCCUAGAGAUGCAGGCCAUGAUUAGUUCUGAGCUCUGGCCUUGGGGGGCUGGGGGUCCAAGCUCAGUCUUUACCUGGUUUGUAGCCAAUGCACAGGUGCAAGCAGAAGUGUAGAGCUGAAGGCAAAUUGCUGGGAUUUUUUCACCUUUCUAAAGCCUUCUUUACACAUACUCUUCUGCAUCUCCUACCUACGUAGGGGCUCCUUUCUGCCAACUGGCUCUGAUCUCUGUGUACCUUCUGCUCUGGUAUCCAGGUGUGCACAGACUUUUCCUGCACACACACACAUCCAUUCUUUGUACCAAGGCAUGUCAUAAAUAGAGAACCACCAAAAUUCACGUGGCUGGCCUUGGGGAGUGUGGGGGGAGUGAUUAACUUAAUGCAAACCACCCAGAAAGCAAUGAAUUGCAAUAUAUAGCUCUGGUUGUAAGAGCUAAAAUUUAAAAAAAAAAAAAAAAAAAGACAGAGCUAUUUUGUUAUAUUUUGGAAUUAAAUGAAGUGCCAAAUUAAGCCCAACAUUCAUUUUCUGCCAUUGCUGUGGUACCAUGUUCUUUUGUGUCUUCAUUUGGCAAGGGGAAGCAGAGAAUGGGUGGAAAGGGCGGUCCCACAGCAUGACUGGUUAACUGAAGCUCCGUCCAUCCCAGGGACCUCAGACACCUGCGUGUGCAAAAGGAAUGGCAAUACACGGAUUCUGGACACAAAGUAUUUCUAAAGAAGGCGUGCUGUAGCCUUUUGACCUUUCUCUCCCUUGAUCCCCCUCCGUUCAGAAAAUAGUUCUCAUCUCUGCCUAAAGAAGGCAUCUCAUAGUAAUGGACGGGCAUUCUUCAGGGAGCUACAAAGCAAAGAGUUCAUCAGGCUGUAGUAUUAAGACUUAGUCUUUCCCAGUGGAUAUAUACCCAAUCUGUGGGAAGCAGUGUGACAAGUUGGAGACAACAUGCAGGUAGCAAGUCGGUCGGUUGGGGACCAGAGAGAUAUACAAGAGGUCUAUGGACAUCUGGCUCCCGCUCAUCUUCUUAAUGCUGGUCGGCCAGGGGGGCCUGUUUCUGGGCACCUCCGAGGGAGCUGUCAUGUGGUCCCCCAGGAGUGGCUGCCCGAAGCAAGAAGAGAGCUCCCGGAAGGGAAGCAGCUUUGCCCAGGGAUACAGGACCUCACGCACAUCUCUAGGGGGCACAGAUUUCCCGCCCCUUUGCGUGCUGGUGAGUUUCCUCUCUUGGUUGGGAAAAGCCAGUGUCAGGAAGAAGGCAGCUGGUUUCCACCUGAGGGCAUGCUCAGCUGCGGAGUGCCUGUCAGCCCCGCCACGCGCCAAGGUGCCCUUCAUUAGACGAUUCCAUGUCGUAACUGUGCUGCCGAUGAAAACUUGCAAUAGACAAGGAUGGGGGUUACAGCUCUUGGGCUUUCCAAAACCUUUCCCCGGGAAAUAGUUACAUGAAUGUUGCAAGAGAUUUCUGAAACUGAAAUGCCCUCUAUCAGAUUUCAAGAUCUUUUGAGUUUCAGUUGGCUGUCUCCAGUGUCACACGAAGCCACACUUCUGAAAGCCACGUUGGGCUCUGAAUUUGCCGGCGCGGCUGAACCCAUUUCCUUCCUCCUCCUUCAGACUUCAUCGGAAAAAGAAAGAGCAGCGUUCAGUUGAGAAUGUUGAGAGAGAAGUGGCAAGGAUUGUACCUACAGGAGAGAAUACCUUGAGAAUAGUAGCAAAAUACUGUAAAUAAUAUUCAUUUCCUCAGGGAAAAUUAAAGGGUAUGUAAAAGAGAGAUCUGGAGGAUCUUAAGACUAGAAAGACUUUUAUUAUCUCUAGAGUCUUUUCGGGUCAGAACUGUUUGGUGUUUGGGGAGUUUGGUUUGUUUUUUAAGGAACAUGAUAAUUAUUUCAAGGCAGAUUUCCAUGAACUGGACCACACCAACUUUCGGAGAUGUGCAGGAAUGCUGUAUGAGAAAGAGCUAUUUCUUUGUGGCUGACCUUUGAACCCCAAGCACACUCCCUGGCCGGUGUUCAUAGACUCAUGGAAGGCUUUUUCUGAAUGUAAUUGUGACUACGAAGCCUUGGUGUUCCUCUUCCGAAUCGGCCGGUUGGAUGACUGCACGCAGAAUCCCGUAGGUGAGAGCUGUUAAAGACGCGUGUUUUGUUUUAAUGGCGUGUUACGGAACAAACUUCCACGGACUUAAUGCGGACAAGGUGCUGCUUUUUCUCAUGACCCUGUAGAAUUUCUAUCGACCGCAUCAACUGUAGCGUUGACCUGUACGAACACAGGGAAGGAUCUGUGCAUACAAAUGAGUGGGAACAGAGCAGAAUUCAUGAAUAUGGAUGAGGAUGUGGAUCCUUCUGGAGAAGGCGCUGGCUACACGGGUCAACUGGAAAUUUCAUUUCUCUCAGAAAAUAACCCUACCAGCGGCACACCCCCUCUCCCCGUUCUCAGACCUGUGUGGAUUCCUCCACGCUGGAACUGUGUCGGUGUGUCUUUUUGCAUUGUAACUCGUCAAACCAGAAGUCCGUAAAUGAAAUGAGAUUAGCACUUUUAGGUACCAAGUGUAUGAUUAAGUAAUGCACACCAAUAGAUCAAGAAAGUAUAAAAUGUAUUUAAGACCGACCGGUUUGCUUAUUGUGACUGACUUUGAAAAAGCCCGUAUCCAAUGAUAUCCAUGCUUUAAAAGGUGUAUCUAUCCUGGGACCGGAAAUCAAAAAUGGGAAUUUUACUUCUGGUCCUGUUUUGUAAAUAGUUCCUUUUUUUUUUUUUUUUUUUUUUUGAAGACAAUCUCAUGUUUUAUACCUUUUUCUGUAGGUCUGAGAAUCACAAUGGUAAUGUGUUGUGUCAAAAAUGUAAUCUUAAAUACGAUAAUAAUUGUAAUUCAUUUUCCAAAUAAGACAAGGAUUAUACCGCUUUAGGCUUCUAUGAUUCUAAGAGACAUGACACUUUUAUAAUAAGCAUUAGUACUUAACUUCUCAAGUUAACAGAACUGGAAAUAUUUUACAAGAUGCCGUGUUUUGUAAUCACAAAGAACAUGAACAUUUUGUGGGAAAUGACCUUGGUUUUAUACAUUGUAGCUUAUUUUUUAAAAUACAGUAUUUACCAGACAGGAAGUGUUAGUAUUAUAAGCAAUUCCUGCUCUCCAAACAAAGGGCUAUGCCUCUUUUAAGCAAGUGUUUAAUGCAUAUCUUUUCAAUGAACCCUCUGCAGCAAGGGUAGAAAUGCAGAUCAGACGGAAAGAGUAUUACAAGAGAGUCAAGCUAGCAACUGCUACUCCUUUUAUCAUUGCCAGUGUGUUUGCAAAGUAUGAUGGAAAAAGACACGGUAGGAAUCAUCCUAUGUAUCUUAAAUCAAAAAAAAAAAGAAUGUUAGUAGAUAUGCUUGCAGGCAAUGGGAGAAAUAUUCUUGGAAAUUCUUUAGUGUAAAAUGAGAUUCUGUCACAAUGACAAGCUCACCACAAACCUGCAUUUAACUAGCAAGUAUCACUGGGUGGUAAUUUCCCAAACCACGGUAUAUAAGCCCAAAGAUAGAAUUUUUAGGUGGUCAGUGGUGUUUAAAGUAGUUUUUCCUCAGCACUAACUCAGUAACUUUAAUUUCCUUAUCAAAGCAAGUGCUUGAUUUGUCACGAGAAGAACGAAUAGACAUGCAAGUUUGCGAUCAGAAAGUCACUGUAUUCCCAAGAGUCAGGAAACAAGGGAGGGAGCCAUGGAGAGUUUAUUAACUGCACAAAUAAUUUUGAGCUUUGCCAAAAGCAUUUCAUAAUUCUGUACAGUUUUUUUCUAGCCCACUCACUGUUAAGAAAAAAAAAAAAGCAAGCAUCUUUUCUUUCUAAGAUUUCAGUAACUCAAAAGCUAGACUAAUUAGCAGUAAGCAGAUAACAUCAAAAGUAAAGCUGGGAUAGAAUGACCAUAUACCCAUUGGGCAACUCCUAUGAAGUGGUCAGAGGGUCACUCAGAUCUUGCUUUCAAAUAGGCUUUAGAAUCUGCACACGAGGACUAGAAAUGCGUGGAGACAGGGGAAACCAUGUACAGCCUCAACUCCUGGUCUCUGAGAUGAGGCUGUCUACAAAUCUGUAUCUUCAUUCCCUUGACUAUCUCCAUUGUUCGCAUCAAAUCCCCAAGAAGUACUUAUUGCUGUCUGGCUUUGAACCAAUGAGUCUUGCUUCUUUUUGAAAUAGAAGCUUCCUAAUGGUUUAUAGCAGAAGCCUUAGAAAAGCCAGGCAGGAUCUGUAAACGAAUGAUUCAGAUCAGGUAACACAGGGACACUACAGAACGGUGGAGAUGCUGGUAAACCAGAGAGCUCAUGCCCCCGUUGCAUGGGGCACCCAGCCUUAGACAAUCAGAACCAUGCAGAAAUCAGGCCCAGGGCGACUAGAUCUUCUGACUUGGAAGUAAGAUGUUACCAGACAUUUAAGUGUUGACAGCUCAAAUUCUUGGCCAACACUGUGCAGACCAAAGAGAACCUACAUAUGGGCAGAGGCAGCCUCUGGCCACCAGUCUCACCCGCUGGGGAAAGCACAUCUCACAUCUCACGGCCACUGGGUCAGGUUCGUCCCUCAGGCCCACAGACUCACACGUUGGCACGAUCUGGGCCACUAAAAUCAAAAGAAGGGAAAGAGGUCAGUUCUCCCCGGAAACCAUUCUCAUGGAAGACUUGAAUAUAAAAAUAGAGUAUCCUUAAGCUAGCCUUGCCUCUGAUCAAAAUACGCUGAAGUACUAUCCAGCUCUCCCUCUGUCCCCUUCUGGCCUGCCGAGGCCAUGCCCCAAAGCAUGGAAGAACGGUCAUCCCAACUUAAGUUCUCAUCUACCGUGACCACUGUGAUGAAGGUCUGGCAAAGAGCAGCCUCGUGCCUUCAGAGAAGGCAGCCAGGAGCCCCUGGAGUUUGAGAUAGCACACUCUGCCUCCUUGUGCCAAAGCCCUUUGCCAGCCCCUCUACACUCCUUCCCACUCCAUCCUGCCUCAAGAGUUUUCAUGCCAGGGUAAAAUUUCCAUUGUUUCAUCUCCCCUAGAGCAACACCCUUGCUUCAGAACCAGUAGAUAUUUUAGAGUGUCCACUAACCCCCAAAAUGGAGUUUUUCCACAUUUUUUGCACAUUUGUCUGAAGGCAAAGACAAAAUGGGAAUGAAUGGGUCAUGGAAAAAAUUAGAAGUUGCUUCUUUGGCUCCAAUGGACUGUUACUUAGACUGUAUCUUGCACCAGAGUCCUGAUGGUAUUGGGAUAAUUGCUAACCCUUUCACAUACAUUAUAAAGCAUGUUUCUUUCAGAUACAUUAUUUCAUUUGACCUUCCUAAGGACCUAGUGUAGAGUAGGAAUAUUUGGGAUCACCUCCAAGGCCAGCCCAGGAUAGUGUUACGCCCGUGAGUCAGCCCUGUCACUGCCGAAAGGGAGGAGAAGAAGGGCUUGGGAAAGUACUGGGUCAGACUGAUAGCAUCUUCCAGAUGCUAAACCUGGAAAGACCCAGGGACCCGCCAGGUUCUCAGCCCAGGAUCUUCAGCAUAGAAACCCAAGUGUACACUCAUUCCCCAUUGUCAAAUGCAAACUUAAUCAAUGCCAGCAGCACCCCUUUAGGCUGCUGCCAUGCCCGUACUCCCCAAAGUCUAACCAUCUAAAUGGUUAAUCCUAGGAGUUUCUGAGCUAAUAUGAUGUUCUAAGUAAGUUUUGACUCCUUGGGAAAAAAAUUACUUUGCUGCCACCAUUCAACAUUUGCUUUCCAUGUAAACGGAAAUCAUUGCCAGAAUACUGAAAAACAGCUCAAAUUUAUUAUUUUUAAUGAUCAAAUCCAACUCAAAGUUGGAAAUACCCAUGAGAUGGUGAAGUUGCAUUUGAAUACGAAUGCAAAUGAAAUGACAUUGUCGAGGCCUGAGAUCUCCAUCAGGGUGAGUGACUAAAAGGCUGUCCAGUAAUGAACAGGUUUCAAGGGACCCUUCUCCCUCUACUUUACCAGGCUUCCCAUCAUGACUUUAGGGUGAAGCCACUCCCAGGGAGUGUAGUCAUGGAGCUAGAAGGGACCUAAACCAUUUUGGCCUGCCACCUACUUGAUUAACAGGCUUUUUGAUAAGUGAUGUGUUUGCUCUCUGUCCGAGAAUAGAGGAGGAAGAGGAGGAAGAGGAAACAGCCAAGCACUCUCCUCCUCUUUGGGGAAGAAGCCCGUUUUGCAGGAGUGAGCACUGGGCCCCAGUGGCAGGGCUUCGUGAACAAGCAGGAAGCGGAGGUUCCAAAACAAGAUGACUCUAGACUCUGAAAGAAGGCGGGAUUGUGAAUUCAACGCUCAAAUCGCCAUCUUUGUUUUUAAAAAAUGUUCUUUCCUAUUGGGCACCAUUCAUGUCAUUAUUAACAGCCAGCUUCCGAAGAAAAGGGCCCUUUUAUUUAUAGUAUGAAAAUGCUAAAAAUGAAUUCUUGAGCAUAAUUAACUGUUACAGUUGCUUACGAGGGACAAUUCCCUAAAUUUUUAAUUCAGAAAAUUCACGAGAGUGGAAUGUAGCAACUCCUGAAAAAGGCAAGAGAGCUGUCAUUAAAGAAAAUUUUCUUUCAAAAAAAAAAAUUGCUCAUCUGCUUCCUUCUGAAUGCUUUCUACAUCUCUGACUCAGGAGGAAAACCAGGACUCUGGAGAAGAAAUUGAGCGGAGAGAGAGAGAGAGAGAGAGAACAGUUCCCAUUCUGGUGAUUAGUCUUAAACACCCUCCCUUGUCCUCCCCACCCCCCCAUCUUGGCAACCAUCUCCUGUUCGCUUGCGUGACCUUACUGAGGCCACACUGUUAUUAUGUAUGUUCCCUUCCAAAAAUUCCAAAUUAAACACCUUUGCUUCUGUGCUGCUGACUUCUCACUCUUAAAAAUUAAGGUCCAAGGGGAUAAAUAGGACUGUGACUUGUACGUGAGGCUCAGUCGGUGAGGCUAUCCUCUUCUUUCCAAGAAAAAUUUCCAUCUGUCUGAACAGCCCCUGGUGAUCAUCCAGACAGCAAGUCAGUCAGCGUCCAACCUGCGACACUCAUCACAACACUCAGACAGACUCGCUGACAAAGGACAAGGCAGAUCUCUAAUCCCUUCACCUGGAUUCUAAAGCCCUCCACUCGAGUCACCCACCAGGCCCUUCCACCGGGAAAGCCAGCUGUGUGAUCAGACCACCUUGGAAGGACAGAAGAAGGGAGCUUCACAUUUAAUGUCGCUGGGCCCUGAACUCUGCCCGCAAUUAUACAGUCUGAAAACUGACUUGGCCUUUAUUGUGUGAAAAGUAGGUGACUCCCGCAAGGUAUAAUUAUUUUGACUUUAUAUGUACGCAAGGAGAAAGCUACUCCAGUCUGCUCUCACUGGUAAGCCCCUGUCCCUCACCCUGGUGGAGCUCUCUUCCCAUGCUUUGGGCACACAUGACCAAGACAGAGAGGAAAAAGGGAGAGCUUUUGGGGCCAGCAAUGCAAGAGCUGGAAUUACCCCUCAGGGAUCUACAGUGUAGUGUAAUUAUAAACUGCCCCCCCAAAAAAAGAUUACAAAUCCUUGCUUUGCUUUUUAUGCCUUUUUAUCCUAUUCUCUGCUAAUUGGAAAUCAAUGACUGUGACUUGACCAAGCCCUGUGAUAAUAUAGCAAAGCCCCUUCUUCCAAAGUAUCCUGACGGUCUGGGGAACCUCUGUGAUCACUGGUAGAAAGCUUUAGAAUAGACUUAGAUUUUUAGGAAAGAACUCAAUACCCCCCAAAUGUUCCAUGACUUCAAUAACUGAAAAUGCUCUGGGUGUAAAACAACCCAGAAAUGUGGAUUAUAUAUGUUUUUAAAAAAAAAAAAAUGCCAUUAAUCAAUAUUUUCCUACAACAUGACCUAGAAUUCCUAUUUUUAUAAUUAAUGGUUGGAUGAUGAUCAGCCAUUUAAACAUAUGCUCUCUGGAAUAACCAGAUACUAGUGUAGUUUCCAAAGUGUUUCAUGUCUCAAAAUCUAUAUACUUAGAAGAAGAACUCAGGAUAAGUAAAACUCGCUAGGUCCCAAAGGGUUCAUGACCAUCAUCAAAUGCAACUACCAAGUGGCCUACGGUCAUCUUUCUCAAACGAGGAGGCUGGGGAGCAAGAGAACAACAGUAAUCACAAACCCUCCGUUGCCCUUAGUCCACGGUAAGGUUUAAAAAAAAAAAAA